CUACAUUGUUUACAUUUUGAAGUUGACUACUACAGGAGGCAUGUGAGAUUAGUAUGAUUAGGAGGAGAAGAUUUACGCCUUUUGGCUUGUUUGCUUUCAUUUCGUUUUUGAUUAUGAUCACUCUUCUCCUCUUAAUACUUGAGAAUUCAUUGACUCAGAAGGAAGACAUAGAGGAUAUUCUGUCCCAGAUUGACAGUCGUGACCUAUGCUGGGUUGAUGAAGAUUAUGAAAUUUUGGACGACUGUCAGCUCUGUUCAGUUCCUGAGAAAACUUAUGUGGCACCAGCUGUAUGUCAAAUAACUGGAUACAGACAGAAGUUGCGGUGUUAUUUUACUGGUGAAUCAUAUCAAAGCUGUGACUUGUUCGUUUGGCAGGAAGAGUUACAUUUUUGGAUAUUUGAAAGUGUUUUUGCUACAUUCGGAGUUAUUGCUGGCCUCUCAAGAGCUCUGAUUCAUCAGAAGCUUCACUUUCAGUCAUAUAAUCAAGAAAUUGCACCUUAACUUCAACUGAAGGCACAAAAUGAUGGACCAAGAUAUUCUCUACCUGGUAGGCAGUAAAGAAGAUGGCAGUUUACUGGUGCCUGCAGAAACACUUGUUGCCCUCUUCACUUUACAGUACUGUCGCAACCCUGCUGUUAGUGUGGUAAUAGUAGAUAAGAAAGAGGCACAUGUCUCCCAGUCUUCAGAUGAGUGUAAAACAGAAUCACAAGAAACAGUCAAGGAAUUAUGGUUCCCUGUUAAUGCUGAAUGCAUUGCUUUUCCAAUUAGUUAUAAAGAAUUAAGUGAAUGUCCUACUGUGGUUCGUGAUUGUGUUUUGCCUGUCAUUCUAAUGGCAUCUGAGCCUUGGUGUGUUGCAGGUUUGUGUUCUUCUCUUAGAGUUAUGUUAAUCAAGACUGUUAAGAAAUACCCCACACACUACUGCAAAAAGCUUCUUGGUUUUAGGGGUGGUUGUAUGCAGGCUUGCGCUGAAGUAAGUGUUUGGACAAAGUUUUGUGAAAUUGAAGUUGUAAAUACUCUGAAAGAGGUAUAUAAUAAUAAAAGCAUUGUACAAGGGAAACUAUGCAUACCAAAGGACAUCCUUCGUUAUGAGAACCAUUUCCAGUUUCCUCCUAUUUUACACAAUGGUCUUAAAAUAAAGCAGCAGUAUAUCAGGGAUACUGUUAAGGACAGAGCAGAGAGGCAAAGGUUGCUCAGUCUGAAGCUCUCAGAAUUACCUGAGAUGGAGCAUGAGUAUGCUGAAGGUUUGAACAUGACAAUGGCAGAUGUCAUGCUCUUUACAUGUUUUCACAUAAUUAUAUCAAAGUUGAAAAACCAUGUUCACCUUGAUGACAUGUGUCCCUUGGUUAUGAAAUGGUAUAGACUAUUAUGUGGGAAUGAAUACGUUAAUCUUUCCCUCUCUUUACUCCAGAAGACAGUUGAUAUCCAUAAUACAUUUCAAGAACAUAACUUGGAAAUUGUUGUCCCAGAAGUUCAAAGAGAAAGUCUGUAUAAUAGUGAUCCAGAGAGAUACAAGCCUAGGUGGAGGGCUUUCACUCACCAGGAUGAUAUAGAUAAAGUAUUAGAGAUUUUGGGUGUUUCAUGUAUUGAACCAUCAUAUGACAAUCAUCCUCUUGGAGACAGCAUUAAAUUACCUUGGUCUGAAUAUCCUGGGGCUCUUAGCCCCCAAGAGGGCCAGUUACCACCAUCUAGACUUGAAAGAAAAUGUCAGCAAUUAGAUAAUAUUGUCUCUGCUGUCAUGUCCUUGGUUAAUGAGGGUGAUGUAAUUGUUGAUUUUUGUGCUGGUGGAGGUCAUGUUGGAAUUAUAUUGGCAUACCUUUUACCCUCAUGCAAAAUCCUUUUAGUUGAAAACAAAGACCAUUCAUUAAGACGGGCCAAACAAAGGGUUGAUGCAUUGAAGCUGAAGAAUGUUGAAUAUCUUCAGUGUAAUCUUGACUAUUUCCAGGGAACAUUUGACCUUGGGGUAUGUCUUCAUGCAUGUGGAGUUGCAACAGACCUUGUUAUGCAGAAGUGUUUUGAACAAAGAGCUAAAUUUGUUUGCUGUCCUUGCUGUUAUGGUGGGGUUCGACCUAAUCACAUUCUUGAGUACCCACGUAGCAAAACAUACAGAGAUAUACCCUUGGCAUUAGAAGAAUAUCUGAUUCUUGGACAUACUUCAGAUCAAACUCAUGAUGAAAAUAACCCUAAGACAGAACAAGGCCAGUUGUGUAUGAGGUAUAUUGAUAAUGAUAGACUGCUGUUGGCUCAGUCUCUGGGGUAUUCCACAAAAUUGGUGCUAAUGGAGCCAAAGACUUGUUCACCAAAAAACCAUCUACUCAUAGGAGUAUUAGAAAAUUAAUUAACUAACUGCUAUACCAAAUAGGAGUGAGAAUUUACUUGCAUUAGGUGAGGAAUAAAAAUUCAUGAACAUAAUUUUAAACAAAAGUUAAAUGAAGUAAUUUAACUGACCACCAGAGCAGUUUGGAAAGAAAUAAGAGAUUGAUUGAUUUUGAAGCAUUUAUUUGUUUAUACCAUACAUUUUGAAGUGAUUAUAGGUUUGAAAUUCCUAUGCUUACAUAUGCUUUACUGUACUGUAUUCAGCACCAAAGAUUUCAUUUGAAACAAUUUCAUAAUGCUGUAGUUGCCAUGCAUAAUAUGCACAGCUGUAUUCAAAGUACAUUUCCCAAUACAAUAAUACUUUUAUGUCUGUUGCCUUUUGUAAGUCUUUAUCUCUAUGCUGUAUUCUGCAAUAGAAAAUUUUGUACAUGAACUUCCCUGCCAGAUAUAUACUUAGCUAUAGUCUCCGACGUUCCGACAGAAUUUCAAAUCUCGCGGCACACGCGACAG